AUGAAACCAUCAACCUUUUCGAUUUUAGCAGGAGUUGUCAGCAUCGCAACAACUGCCAACGGAGCUCAAAAUGAUGCGGAGAGUGUCUGGAAUGAGGCACAACUGAGCUAUGAAAAGUUCACUGAAGAGUUCCUCGUCAACGCCACUGCUUCAAAUGGUUCUUGCAACAAAGGGAAUGUUCGCACGCGCCAGCGGUGGGACGACUUGUCAACAGAUGCAAAGCUCGAGUAUAUACGUGCGGUGAAGUGCUUGUACUCUCUCCCAUCCACAACGGAUCCCCUUGUUGCACCUGGCGCCAAGACUCGCGUGGACGAUUUUGUCUACACUCACAUCAACCAGACAAAUUUCGUCCACGGUUCCGGAAUCUUCCUCCCCUGGCAUAGAGAGUACAUGUGGCUCUAUGAAAGUGCGCUCUACGAUGAGUGCGGCUUCAAGGGGACCGGCGUGCCCUACUGGGACUGGUUCCUUCACACAGACGACCAGGCUAGUUCGCCAGUCUUUGACUCGGGACCAGCAGGGUUUGGCGGCAACGGCCUCUACAUCCCACACGAAGCAAGCAACGACACUCUCGUAGAUGUCCCCGGACCUGUCUGGGUAGACCGAGAUGCUGGCACUGGUGGUGGCUGUGUCGUCGAUGGCGCCUUUGCCAAUCUCACCCUCACCCUUGGCCCUGUCGUUCCGGCAGAUACCCCAGCGGAUGAUCCAUAUGGUCUCAAAGGCAAUCCACGAUGCCUGAAACGCGACUUCCUGCAAGCUCAAAGCUCAGCUCACCUGACAUUCCAGCAAGCCGCCGAUCUGCUAGAGACAACCACCUACGCCGAGUUCCGCCCGGAGGUAUCUUCUCUACCGCUCUAUGGCGUGCCUUUUGCAGUCAAAGAUAACAUCGACGCAGAGGGCUUCGCUACCACUGCCGUAUGCCCAUCAUCUCCUUCGGGAAAGGCGGCCUCGGACGCAGUUGUUGUCCGGAACUUCAAAUCCGCAGCCGCGAUUCUCAUCGGAAAGACAAAUCUGGAUCAGUUCGCAACAGGGCUGGUUGGAACGCGCUCACCCUAUGGUGCAGUUCCCAACUCAUUCGAUUUAACCCGUGUAAGCGGCGGAUCCAGCUCUGGGAGCGCUGUGGUGGUUGCCCGCGGUGUCGUACCCUUCUCACUCGGAACUGACACAGCUGGCUCUGGUCGAGUACCCGCGGGAUUCAAUGAUAUUAUAGGGUCGAAACCAACACGGGGAGCCUUGAGUACUACAGGUGUAGUCCCAGCUUGUCGAACCCUGGAUUGUGUCUCCAUCUUCGCCCUUACCGUGGAGGACGCUCAACUCGCCUUGUCAGUGGUGGAAGGAUACGAUCCAGAGGACUCAUGUUCCCGCAAACGCCCAGAUCUAUUUCAUGAACAAGGAGACACUGUCUUCGGCCAUGUCGGGUCCGUCUCAAGUCCUCGACUAGCUAUAUGUUCCAAUCCGAACUGGUUCGGAUGUGAUGGUCAUCAUCCUGCCUAUGACAAAGCUCUGGAAAAAGCUGCGUCUCUUGGUUGGAUACUGGAGCCUAUUGACUUUAGUCUGCUAUUCCAACUUGCCCAGCUACUGUACUCGGGGACAUGGGUUGCGGAAAGAUACGAGGCAAUUCGAUCCUUCAUUCGGACCGUUGACCCCCAGGCAAUGGAUCCUGUCGUUCAUAAAAUUAUCAAAGGCGCUGAGAAGUUCACGGCGGCUGACGCGUUUGCCGGAGAGUAUUUGAGACGAGAUCUUACCCGACAAAUCGAGACGGCUUUUGCCAGCUUCGAUGGCAUCCUCGUCCCAACCACACCGACAUUCCCAACGCUGGAACAGCUCUCGUUACAGCCUGUGGAGGAGAACUCCAAGCUUGGGACGUACACCAGCUUUGUCAAUUUCAUGGACUGGUCAGCAUUAUCGUUUCCUGCAGGUUUCAGGCCAGACGGGCUUCCAUUUGGCCUGACGCUUAUUGCGAACGCGUGGCAAGAGCCACAGCUUCUAGAGUUGGCUCACCGGUUUUGCUGA